GCCUCCUUGGCGUCCUUGAAAAGACGGUGGAACAUGGCUGGCACGGCGCGCAGCUGCGGGACCAGCCUGGACCUGCUGCGGUCCUUUCCGCGAGUGAGCCUAUCCAACCUGAAGCCCAGUCUCAACUCCAGAAAACGGGAAAGACGUCCAAGAGAUCGGAGAAGAGGUAGGAAGUGUGGCAGAGGCCAUAAAGGAGAAAGGCAGAGAGGAACCCGGCCGAGGCUGGGCUUUGAGGGAGGGCAGACUCCAUUUUACAUUCGAAUCCCAAAAUAUGGAUUUAAUGAAGGACAUAGUUUCAGGCACCAGUAUCAGCCUUUGAGUCUCAGGAGACUACAGUAUCUCAUUGAUUUAGGUCGAGUUGAUCCAACUCAACCUAUUGACUUAACACAGCUUGUGAAUGGGAGAGGCGUGACCGUCCAGCCACGGAAAAGGGACUAUGGGGUCCAGCUGGUUGAAGAGGGUGCUGAUACUUUUGAAGCAAAAGUUAAUAUUGAGGUGCAGUUGGCUUCCGAAUUAGCCAUUGCUGCAAUUGAAAAAAAUGGUGGUGUUGUUACUACAGCCUUCUAUGACCCACGAAGUCUAGAAAUUCUGUGCAAGCCUGUUCCAUUCUUUCUGCGGGGACAACCCAUUCCAAAAAGAAUGCUUCCGCCCGAGGCGCUGGUGCCCUAUUACACAGAUGCAAAAAACCGGGGCUACCUGGCCGACCCUGCCAAGUUUCCUGAAGCAAGACUUGAGCUCGCCAUGAAAUAUGGCUACGUUCUUCCUGAUAUCACGAAAGACGAACUCUUCAGAAUGCUCAGCACUCGGAAGGAUCCAAGGCAGAUUUUCUUUGGUCUGGCUCCUGGCUGGGUAGUGAAUAUGGCAGAUAAGAAAAUUCUAAAACCUACAAAUGAGAAUCUUCUCAAGUAUUAUAGCUCCUGAACUGGUUUCUAGUAAAUCAGACUCGUGAGCCAGAUGGGAUGCAUGGAUUCUUGUGGGUCUUAAAGCCUUGGGAUUGGUACCAGCCUUCACUGUGGUUAAAUCUCUUGUUCUUUUUCCAUCUUAAAUUAAAUAGUAGGCAGCAAAAGCUUCAUGGAGGGAUUGAGCCUUUGAUGGUGUAUUUUUGAACAAUUCAAACAGUGGCAGUCUUUAGAAAAGUGAUUAAAAAGAAAAAACUUACUUAAAAUUACCUUUCUUUUGGGAGCUGGAGAUGGAGCAGUGUGCUUUGAUACAUGGUUUCUUGGUGUAGCCCUGGCUUCGAACUCACACAGUUCCACCUGCUUCUGCUGGGGUUAAAGGGAUGUGCCACUACCGCCCAGCCUGACUUUAAGUAGUUUAAAAUGUAUUUCUUUACUGUCCCAUCUUUUCAUGGUCUUUUCUUAACCUACAUUUUCUCUUUCAUCAGAGUGCAGGGCAGAGAUUGAUUAGUAGGCCUGGGAGCACUUUACUGUGUGUGGAUUUAAGCUAGGCCCUGUUGGCGUUAUGUUUUUUAAAGUGGGGUACAUCAGACAAGUUAUUUCAUCUUCCUUAAGCUGAGGUACAGUGUCAGUCUGAAGUAACAAGAGUGUAUAACAGACUGCAGAAUCUCUUUCCUACCCUUCUUUGCAGUUUAGAGGUUGGACCAGUGCUAUACAUACUGGAAGACACUGCCCCUCGGCUUCAUCUUCAGGUUAGGUACAUGAAUGACACAGAUGCUUCCUGUCUCUGAAGAGAACUUUGUCCGUAGCCUGUCUGUAUAGAAAUCAGUUUCCUUACACAUCCUGUAUUGUAACUAUGGGGUGUGCUGUAGCCCUAAGUAAGCUGUUGUCUUGCCUCAUUGUGCAGGAGGCUUUCCUUUGGUGCUGCAGUUUACAAUUGUGGAUCUCAGAGAUGCUGCCUUCACAGGAAAACUUCUUUACAGGAAGUGAGAGGAAAUGAGUCACCUAAGGGGAGACCACAUUGCAGCCUUCCAUCUCAGAGUGUCCUUUCAGGGUCUUUGGACUCCCCUCCCCCAUCCCUUCAAGCCGAAUGACUACUUCACAUAGGAGAGCUGACAGCCAAACAUGGGCUUUCUUCACAUUGGUUGUCUGGUGGCAUACAGGUGGAAGGAAAUUGGAAUAGAGUGAUAAAGGGAAGAGUAAAAACAGGAAACAGGUGUCUGGUGAAGGAGAAUGCUGGCCAGUGUUUAUUUGGUGACAGGAACUUUGUCACAAACAGCUGUAUCCGGGUUGAGAUACUGUAACCUCACAGCUCAUUCUCAGCCAAAACAGCACCAUCCAUAAAGCUCGUCUGGGCUACUAUAGCCUUGUGCCAUUCACAAGGGCACAGGGAGAGGUCCAGGAGAGGUGGUAGCUGUAUGAGUAUAUCCCUUGAGAAUAUACCUUUAAAAGCAAGAAGCCUUCAGUGUAGAGCUGUCCUUUUUGGAAUGUGGUCUCAGCUGGCCUCAGAAUACAUGGCUUUGGUGGCCAAGCUCUAAACAACUUGAGUUAAUUUGUGUUUUAAAACAAUUUUUAGUGCCAGGCAUAGUUAGUUGUACACACUUUUAAUCUCAGCACCCAGAAGGCAGAAAGGCAGGUGUAUCUCUGAGUUUAAGGUCAACCUGGUCUUCAAAGUGAGAUCCUAUCUCCAAAAAAACAAAGCAAACAACAAACAAUUCUAGAGUCCAGGGACAGAUGGGCAAAGUGUUGAAGUUUAAAUUCUAAAGCCUGUGUGAGCCAUGUAGGAGCUUGGCACUGUGUGCAUGGGCAUCAGAAGACUGGUCAGACCCCUCCAGGCUCAGUGGCCAGCCAGUUUAGCCAAAUAGUGAACCUCAGGGUCAGUAAAUAAGAAAUCUUAUAUCAAAAAAACCCCAAACAAACAAAUAACUAACAAUGAGCUUAACAGCUCAGCAGCUAUGAGCACUUGGUUCUUGCAGAGGACCCAAGUACAAUUUCCAGCACCCGCAUGGUAGCUCACAACCAUCUGUUUUCCCAAUUCCAGGGGACCGGAUGCCCUCUUCUGACUUCCAUGGGUGCCAGGCAAGAUACUCAUACAUGUAAGAUUUUAAAAAAGCCAUUGGGAAAAGAUAUGUGGCCAGCAUCUAGUCUCCAUGUGUGCCUGCCUGCAUCUGCCCCCACACCCCAUUUCUAAACUGAGAGGGAAAAUUUGUUAUGAUCUGAGUCCCUGGUCUUUUUUAUUAAAUGUAACUCACUAUUUGGGAAGUAGAAGGUUCUUCAUAGAGUGGGAAGUGUCAGAUGAGACUAGUACUACUCAUUUUACCUAGGGUGGAAGAGAGUGGGCUCUGAUGUUAGCGUGAGUGCCAGUGAUACCUUGCUGCAGGCAGACCACUACAUUGUAUAGCUUUGCCUGUUACAUGCCUGGAGCUGCAGAGCCAUCUGGAUGGAACACUUGACUAGGACUUAAAGCAGGACUAGAUUUGGGACUUCGGCAUACAGUUUAUUCUCUGCCUCAGUUUCACUAUCGGUGAAAUGGAGAGUAAAGUAAAAAUUUGGUUAUUUUAAAAUACAAAUUAUCUUAAGGAUUUUACUACUGUGAUCAGUACCAUGACCUGUACUGUAAUCAAGUUGGGAAGGAAGGGCAUUACACUUCCAUUGCACUGUUGAUCAAGGGAGAAAGCCAGGAUAAGAACUCAAUCAGGGCAGGAUCUGUAGAUACCAUGGAGGGUGCUGCUUGCUGACUUGCUCCUCAUGGCUUGCUCAGGCUGCUUUCUUAUAGAACCCAAGAUCACAGCCCAGGGAAGGUACCACCAACAAUGGUCUGGGUCCUCCCCCAUUAAUCACUAAUUAAGAAAAUGCCCUAUAGGCUUGCUUACAGCUGGAUCUCAGGGAGACAUUUUCUUAAAUUGAGAUUCCUUCAUUUCAGAUGACUGUUGACAUAAAAUUAGAACAAUUAUGAAAGUCGCUAGUGUUUGUAAAGCAUGUAGCUCAUGGCCUGCUUCAUAGGUCUUUAGGGGUGUUGGUGAGUUAGUGUCUCUUCUGGUCCUUAUGUAGCUGCCAUCCUAUGGAUGCUACUUCCUUCCCUUUUAGGAUUUACAUAUAGUCUGUGUUUAGCCUUCUGUAAGUCAUUCUUGAGUCUCACUAUUGAGAAGAUGCAUGAUAGACUUUAGAUUGUUUUUAGCAGGAGCUAAAAAAUACAUUUUGAAGAGGCAACAUCACAGAGGCAGAACCUGAGGGUAGAGUUUCUGACUUGAUCACUGGUUUACUUUGCAAAACCUUCAAGACCCAGUAACUUCUUUUUCUCUUUCAAAAGCAUUUAUAUAGUUUGUGUAUGUUCAUGUUACAAAAGGCACACACUUGACAAUUAGAAGACAGCCGAUGUGAGUUGGUUCUCUUCUUCCACCACCUUCAUUCUGGAGAUCAAAAUCAAGUCAUCAGGCUUGGUGGCCUUUACCUGAAGAGCCAUCCUGCAGGCCCCUACUAAUUCUAUAAGCACCUUAUCUGUUUGAAGAAGAUAGUACAAUCGAGAGGGAGAGUUUUAAGGUUAUUAGAUCUAGGAAUUCUGUGUAUUGAACAAAACUACAGAAGGGAAGAUAAAGGUGCUAGUUGUUUCAGAUUUGGGUGCUGUGUUUCUCUGUAUAUAUAGAUGAUUUUAUUUUCACCAAUUAAAAUUAAGAUUCAUAUAUCUUUUUAAAGAUUUUUAAGCACUGGAGGUUUGAAUUUCAUAUUUGGCAAUGCAUUCUAAGCUUUCAUUGUGUAAAGGAUACACACGUGGAAAAUCAGUCUGGGACAUUACAGUAACAACAGUGACAAUAAACUUUAUGGGACAAGGAGAUGACUCAGUGGUUAAGAGAACUUGCUGUGCAAGAAUGAGGACCUGAGUUUGAAUACCCAGCACCUAUGUAAAAAUUCAGCCAUGAUUGCACAUGCCUGUAACUCUAGCACUGUGGAUCGUGAAUCCAGGAUGAUCUGGGGCUUAGGGGUCACCAGCCUAGUGAGAAAGAGGCCUGUCUGCAGGAAAUAAAGUGAAAAAAUAAUAGACACUAGACAUCCUCAUUUGUUCUGUGCACACCUGGAAAUGGGUGCAUUCGCCCAUGUAUGUACAGACACGUAUUCCCUUCUCCAAAAUACCUUUUUUAAAAAAAAUUAAAUUUUUAUUAAUCAAAUUGAA